AUGGCGGAAUCAAGCUUGUCAUCAAUCGAUCCCAGAAGCGGCUACUGCCCAGAAACCAAAACAUUUCACAGCCUCCAACCCUUGGUCCCUCUUCCUCAGGAAACUGUCCCUCUCACCGUAGCUUCAUAUGCUCUUUCUCUCCAAUCCGCUUCACCAUGGCGCGAUGCCGCCGCACUUAUUGACGUCUCCACCGGACACCGUAUUUCCUAUGCUGAAUUUCACCUUCUCACCAGAAACUUAGCUUCGUCUCUACGUACAAAUACCGGCCUCCGUAAAAAUGACGUCGCCUUUGUCCUCUCGCCGAAUUCAAUCCGCAUUCCAGUACUCUAUUUUGCCCUUCUCUCUCUGGGAGUUAUCGUUUCUCCUGCCAAUUCACUCAGCACUUCGGAAGAAAUCUCCCGCCUAAUCAGUAUCUCGAGACCGGUCAUCGCGUUUGCCAUAUCAGCAACCGCCGAUAAACUUCCCAAGCUCGAGUACCCAACAAUUCUCAUCGAUUCUCCUGAAUUCGAAUCUGCAAUGAAUAUGAAGAGUUCGGAUUUUGAAUUCAGUAAGAGGGACGUUGAGGUCAACCAAAACGACGUUGCUGCAAUACUGUAUUCGUCUGGGACGACAGGGAAAGUGAAAGGCGUGCUAUUGACUCACAGGAAUUUCAUCGCAGUUAUUGCCAAUUAUCAUCACUGGCAGGUGCAGCAGCAGCAGGGGAGGUUGUUUCCGCUGGUGAUGCUGUACACCAUACCAUAUUUUCAUAUAUUCGGGUUUUUCUUCAGCUUGAAAUCCGUGGCAUAUAAUGAAACUGCAGUGGUUUUGGGGAGGUUCGAGUUGAGGAAGAUGUUAAGGGCUGUGCAGGAUUAUAAAGUGACUCAUGUUGUAUUGGCGCCGCCGAUUGUGGUGGCGAUGUUGAAGGCUACUGAACCGAAGGACUAUGAUUUGAGAUCCUUGGGGUGGGUUGGAUGUGGCGGAGCCGCACUUGGGAAAGAUUCCAUCAAAUCUUUCACCAAGAAAUUUCCCACAGUGAUUCUCUCUCAGGGUUAUGGAUUGACUGAAACAACUGGCGUGGGAUCUCGAGCAAUGACUCCUGAAGAAAGUCAGUGUUGGGGUUCUGUGGGGAGGCUCGUUGGAAGUUCCGAAGCAAAAAUUGUUGAUCCGGAAACUGGCAUUGCUCUGCCUCCUGGCGAGCAAGGCGAGCUUUGGAUUAGAGGACCAACAAUAAUGAAAGGUUAUUUGGGCGACUCCGAGGCAACUUCUGAAACCUUGGUUUACGAUGGCUGGUUGAGAACCGGCGAUGUUUGUUAUAUCAACGAUGAAGGUUUCGUUUUUGUUGUAGAUAGGCUGAAGGAGUUAAUCAAAUACAAAGGAUACCAGGUUGCCCCUGCUGAGCUAGAACAGCUGCUUCUGUCACACCCAGAUAUUGUAGAUGCUGCUGUAAUACCCUACCCGGAUGAAGAAGCUGGUCAAGUACCGUUGGCAUGUGUCGUUCGACGUCCCCAAAGCAGCCUUGACGAAGCACAAGUUUUUGAUUUUAUCUCAAAGAAGGUUGCUCCGUACAAAAAAGUACGACGAGUUGUAUUUAUUAUCUCGAUACCUAAGAGCCCAGCUGGGAAAAUAUUGAGAAAGGAAUUAAGAAAGACUUUGCUGCCAGAGUCUAAGCUGUGA